UCGUUGCAUGGAGACUAGAGUCACUGAUAUAAGACAAAACUCCGUACCACUCCGUACUCCUUCGGAUGGCAAAGGUAGGACACAUUCCGGUCGGAAAUUUAAAAAAUCUAAACACAGUUUACAAAGUUGAACGCGAGGUUCCAGAAUCUGUAAAAAAAAGUGAAAAACGAGUCCUUUGCCACUGGAGUUUCAAAGUGAUGUUAGGCUGUACAGUGUAAAGACAUCACGAAGUAACAACACAAACAACCCGUCUAAUCAGGUAACGUAUACAUUCGUUACCGCUAAAACCAAAAAUGGCUGGACAACAGCACCCGUUUCCUUCCGGCUUUCCAUCUGCCCAACAAGCUGCCAUGCGGACUCAAUUUGGCAGUGGACAAAUGGUACCUGGACUUAUGGGCGCACAGCAAGGAAUGGUAAGUCCACAACAGUUUGGAGUGGGUGUAGGAGUCGGCGUCGGUGUUGGGGGUGUUAAUUCUAACACUAUGGGCAUACCUAGCGCACAAGUUUUAGCUCAACAACAGCAACAACAGUCAGUUGCAAUGCAACAGCAAAUGCAGCAGAUGCAACAGCAGCAGCUGCAGUUACAACAGCAGCAGCAAGCUGCUCUUGCACAACAAAAUAAUCAGGGUGGAGGGAGCCAGGCUACCACUCCCCAGACUCCUGUACCACCUACACAACCCCCAGCUCAACAACAACAGCAAAACAAAGAAUUUAAUACUGCUAGUUUGUGCAGGUUUGGACAGGAGACUGUGCAAGACAUUGUCAGUCGCACUCUCGAAGUUUUCCAGACACUGAAAGUUAUACAGCCACCUAAUGGUACAGCACAGGGAGCAACUAUUUCUAAUGAUAAGAAAUCAAAGGUGCAAGAGCAAUUACGAAUGUUGAAAUUGCUGUUUAAACGUUUACGGUUGAUCUAUGAAAAAUGCAACGAAAACUGUCAGAUACCAGGUAUGGAGUACACCCAUAUUGAGAGUUUGAUUCCGUUGAAAGAAGAGUGGGACAUGAAGUCGGAUGAAAAGAAAACAUCUGAAUCUUAUCGCUUGGCUUGUGAAGAGAGCAAAGAUAUUAUGGAGCAAGUGGUGCUGAAGAACCGACACCUGAAGGAGAUAAUAGAUCACCUAAGACGGAUAAUUUCUGAGAUAAACACAAUGUUAACGAUGCGACGUUCCUAGUAUGUGAUGAAAGAUUAAUGUUUUAAGUGUAUAUUUCGAUUUUCACAAUCUCAUAUUAAAAAAAAAAUCGCGUUUAUCGGCAAUCCGUAAAAAAUUGUGUUAUGCAAAAGGAUUUGACAAAUAAUGCAAAAUUUGUGGUGUUAUAUGCAAUUCAAAUGCGCUUAAGGUUUUUUCCGAAACCGAAUUACUCAUUUGGAAAUAAUACUACGUUAAAAGUGUUUGUUUUAACUAGACGGAAAAAAGAUUGUUGAAACAUCUAUCAAAAUGCUCGAAAAAUGUGAAACGAGUUGGCUGACUUCAAAAUUUUCUGUGAUGUAAAUCAAUAUGAUUUUUUGAGCAACUCGACCGCAGAGAGUACGGAGACCAAUGAAUUUCAUCGUAAUUUUAUCAAAAUGUUCGAAGGAUUCUCGCAACUCUAUUAUGUUCCUGAUCCGUUAGAAGGGUUUAAAUGUUCGACAAACUGAUAGUGAGAGUGAAGACUUUUUUGGUAGAAAAUGUCGAACGUCAAGUUACGAGUUUGAAUUAAUUAAUUUAUAGUGAAUUCAGUCAUGUUAUGUCAUGAGUGUAUUUUUUUUUCAAAUUUCAAUAAGGCAAUACAAUAAUAGGAAUACAGGUUGUUUCUAUUGUUGACUAUUAAAUAAUUACACAGUUGAGUGAACAUUAUGUGAUUAUCAGAGGUUAAUGGUAUCAUAAAAUUAUAUCACAUUACAAAGACGCUUAAAAAAUAUAUUAAAAACUACCUCAUCCUAGUUGAAUAUCUUGAAAGUGAAAAUAAUAAUAAUUAAAUUACAUAAUAUAAAAUUAAGUAACUUACUAUUACAAUUGCUAUAUUUACUUCUGACUUCCCAUCCAUGCAGCGAGCUCCUCUGCGGAGUCCAUUUGGCAGUCAGAAAAUGAUGUGUGGGCUCGUGAGUGCAUAGGAGGGUGAGGGUCAUAAAAAAUGAAAUUACCAUAAACAAAUAAACUAUUUACGGGAAGUAAACCCCACUAAAGUGAUUUUUUUUUGAUGUUUCUGUAUUUCGUUAAUUCAACUUUCAUACUUGCUCAAUUAUUACUGGAAUGUAAACCCACAACAGUUUAUAUAAUUUCAAUAGUCGCUUCGUGGUCAAACUUUGAUUUUUUAUUUAUUGAAUUUGUAGCCAAAACUAGGAUUCAUGCAAGAACUUCCAAUUUUGGCAAUAAAGAAAUAAAUAGGGUAACACCUUUAAUAUCUCUGAUUUUUCGGGAAUAUUCUUUUGUUUUAAUCAAUUUAAGUAGUCAAAAAUACGAGUGUGAAUCGAUCUGAGAUGUUGACCAGCCAUUUUUCUAAAAAUCGGUCUUUGAACGUCGAGAAACUGAUAUUUUUACUAUUCAUUGGUUAUUUUAAUAUUAUCAUAAAAAUAAUCGAAUUAUGCUACAAAUUAAAUACCUUUAAUUGUAAUCUGAAUCUUAUCAUUAGGCAUGUGAGGAAAGUAAUGAAUUUUCUUACGUUUUUUUUUUUUAUUAUGAUAGUGAGUGUGAAAAACGUCUAGUCAUGAAUAUUAGUAUAAAUGACGUUCCGUGUCGAAAAAUUGUUGGAAUGAAAUCUCACCCCUGAGAAUUUUUACUGUUUUUUACUUAUAUCAAUAAUGAUUCUGAAGUUCAAAAAAUCAUGUUGAUGAACGUCAAAUGUAAAGGAGAUACUGUAUCAUGAUUAUCAUUAAAGGUGGAUAAUCUAUCAGGUGCAUAUAAUUGCAGUGAUGCGACAUUUCUAAUGUGCAAUUGUUUAUUUAUACAUUCAAGCUUUCUUAGUAACUAAGUUAUUUUUUCCUAUAAGUAGAACUCAUAUUUGGUCUUUUUUUGUUUCCAGCAUUUAUUUGAGAAUAUUGUUCAUGAUUGAGUUGUUAUUCCAUUAAUUUCAAUGCAAAUGACGUCUGUUGCUCUCAAAAUAGCUUCAGGCACUUUGCCCAAAGGAGUUUCCAGGUUCCUGGCAAAUAUCUCCAAGCAAUCGACAUCGCAUCCGCGAAAUUCUGCGUCGACUUUUGUAUUUUCGUACAUGUGGAAUGUCGCGUGUUUACCUGUGACAAACAAAUUUUCGAAUACUUAUAUUUGCUGAGAAAAUUUAAUGGCGAAAUUUUAGUUUACCAAAGUGUUACUUUUUUGUUAAAAGGUUCUUAUUAAAUUUUCAAAGCUUUUGCGGAAUUAGAGAUAACUACAUGUAUGAUUUGUAGCCUGUAGACUAUACUGAAAGUUGCAUGGCAAAUAGCCAAGCAGCAUUUCAGCCAGAGAGCUCGUCUGUUUUCGUUGAUAAAUUGUUUUCUUUAGUGUAGAAUAUUCAAGUAACAUUUAUUCGAAAUAUAUUUUAGUAGGGCAAUUAGUUUUCUAGGCAAAAAUAGCUUUUCAAAAACUAAAGGCGUGAUACAGGUUUUCUCCGAAAAUGUAUGCAAUUACAAAAUUUUCUUGUCUCUA